AUGAUUGAUACGCCCAGCGGACCAUAUCCUUUCGGUGAACACGAUGCUGAAAACAGACCUAAUCUGUUAGCAAAACUCCCCCCGACGGAGUACUGUGACCAGUUAAAGGAUCUCUAUUUCCAGUCAAUUGCACCCCUUUUUCCUAUCUUACAUAGCCCUACGUUUCACGAACGGUAUCGUCAAUUUUCCAAGGAUCCAGAUCAGGCUUCAUUGGCAUGGCUUGCUCUCCUCUUUGCUAUUCUGGGCACGGCUGUCCUCGCACUGGAAAAUGACAGCCUGCUGCUUAAGAAUCUCAGCCGCAAACCUACCUUUUUGGAUCGAGUCACUGAGCUCUCGGAGCGGUAUUACACAGCGGCGAUGAAAUGCCUCGAAGCAGAUCGCUAUCUAUGGCGACAUAAUAUCUCAACACUGCAGGCACUGUUAAACCUUAUUUAUGGGAUUCACCAUAGCCAUGGCCAAACAUGGACUCUUCUAGGCCUAGGUUAUCACCUAGCGCUUUCGAUCGGCUGUCAUGUUGACCCGACCACAUUUUCCUUGGAUAUUGUCGAAGCUGAGGAGCGUCGCCGCUGUUGGCUAGGUCUGGUCACACUACUCUGUAACCAAAAUAUGGCGAUCACCGGGUUAGACAUCUACCAGUCAGUGUUCUCGUCACGCGUUCUACCCCCAGCCGAGGUGUGGGAUGAAGACAUCAUCCAGGGACAACCUGAACCGAUUGCAACGUCGGUAGACAUCAAACCUGUCUCGUAUCUCAUUCGAAAAUCGCGCCUCUUUCAGAUUUCCUCGGAGAUCUGUAACCCCGUUGUGGCAGCACGGCCGGACGACCCGACAGCCCUCCAACGCCUGGACGCGGCCAUCCGAGCGGAGUUAGACCCAUUGGAGCAGAGUUACGCCUCAGUACUUAGGAGCAACUCAUCAGUUGUUCAUACCAAUCUGCUGCUCAGUUUUGCCCAUCACCUGGUUCUCAUUCUCCACAGCAAUAUACUGAAUGAAGGGACCUUUUCUCUGCCGCAGCAUAGCUGGUCGAAGAAUCGCUGCAUGAAAAGUGCACGACGCGUUUUGGAACUACAUGCCGACUUCCACCAACUGCCCCAGUUCAAGCCCUUCUACUGGUAUAUCCGUGGUCGAGGCGCUUUCCAUGCUUUCCACGCCGCGUUUGUCUUGGUGUUUGCCCUUUCUAUAGAGCCUCAAGAACCCUGUACAGUUGAUGUAGUGCGGCUGCUGCAUGAGUGCCAUGCUCGGCUUGAAGCGUCCAAGGCGCAAAGUCAGCUGUGCACCCGAACAGCAACUAUUCUUGGUCAAAUGUUAUCCAGCAGAUGGAUGACUGCCUCAGGACUGGUACCGGAUGGAUCACACAGUGCAGUACCGCAAAGCACCAGGUCAAAUAGCCAGAUGAAUCCCACUAGCCAGCCCGUGGAUCUUACUAAUGACGAUGCAUUCAUCUCAGAGAGUGUUGGUUUCCCUAGUCUAGUUCGGCAUAUUGAGCCGCAGCAAUGGAUCAACCCAGUGAACAUGGACUGGGACCAAUGGGAUCUAAUUAUGAAUACAAUGGGAACUACAUCUUGA